GCCCUCCUCGCCCUCCUCGCCCAGUGCUGGGGAGCGACGGAGGAAGCCAGGGGGAGCCGGCGAAGCCUGUGGUGCUCUGCCUCUGUGGUUCCUGAAAGUCUGACUCGGUGUUUCUCUCGCGCUCUGUCUCAUUCUUGCUCACUCCAAAAAAUGACUGCACACUCCUCAAGCCUUCAUUCAGCAUCCAGGGGAAUUUUUCUCACCACAGAGGGUAAUUCCCACCCCCAUCCCUGCGGUGACUCAGCCGUGACGUUGAACCCCACACACCAGGGAGAAGAUAAAAUCGUCAGGCUCCCGCGCGCCCUAGAGGGCGGCUUGGGGCCACCAGCUGGUUCUCCUCUCAUCACCGUCUACACAGCUGGCCCCUCUGCCUACAGCAGCUCCUACAGCCGGCCUGCGACCUCCCUGCGCCCCCGAGAUGGCCUCGAGCUCGGCUGGCAGCCCCCACCCAGCCCCCGAUGAGAACGAGUUUCCCUUUGGGUGUCCCCCGACCGCCUCCCAGGACCCAUCGGAGCCCAGGGCCCUUUGCUGCACAGUCUGCCUUCCAGGAAACCUGAGGAACAGCGAGGACCGGAUCUGUCUCACCUGCAAAGGGGACGAUCUCCAGUCUGCGAGCCCAGGAAGUCUGCGGACACAGGAAAAGCUUCUUCCGGAGGUGGCUGAGGCUGGAGCCGGGUGCCCCUUCGCAGGUGUUGGCUGCUGCUUCAAGGGGAAUGCAGAGUCCUUGCAAGAGCACGAGGCCACCUCCCAGGCCUCCCAUCUUAACCUAUUGCUGGGAUUCAUGAAGCAGUGGAAGACUCAGCUGGGCUCUGGCCUGGGGUCCGGGCCUAUGGCCUUGGAGCGGAAUCUGUCAGACUUGCAGCUGCAGGCUGCCGUGGAGGUGGCGGGUGACCUGGAGGUGGACUGCUACCGGGCACCCUGCUCCGAGAGCCAAGAGGAGCUGGCCCUGCAGCACUUCAUGAAGGAGAAGCUCCUGACUGAGCUGGAGGGGAAGCUGCGUGUGUUUGAGAACAUCGUCGCUGUGCUCAACAAGGAGGUAGAGGCCUCCCACCUGGCACUGGCCGCCUCCAUCCACCAGAGCCAGCUGGACCGCGAACGCAUCCUGAGCUUGGAGCAGAGGGUGGUAGAGCUGCAGCAGACCCUGGCUCAAAAAGACCAGGCCCUGGGCAAGCUGGAGCAGAGCCUGCGUCUCAUGGAGGAGGCCUCCUUCGAUGGCACCUUCCUGUGGAAGAUCACCAACGUCACCAGGCGCUGUCACGAGUCAGCCUGCGGCAGGACCGUCAGCCUCUUCUCCCCAGCCUUCUACACAGCCAAGUACGGCUACAAGUUGUGCCUGCGCCUGUACCUGAACGGAGACGGCACAGGCAAGAGGACCCACCUGUCUCUCUUCAUUGUGAUCAUGAGAGGGGAGUACGACGCUCUGCUGCCGUGGCCCUUCCGGAACAAGGUCACCUUCAUGCUGCUCGAUCAGAACAACCGGGAACAUGCGAUUGAUGCCUUCCGGCCGGACCUCAGCUCAGCUUCCUUCCAGAGGCCCCAGAGCGAAACCAACGUGGCCAGCGGCUGCCCACUCUUCUUCCCCCUCAACAAGCUACAGUCCCCCAAGCAUGCCUAUGUCAAGGACGACACCAUGUUCCUCAAGUGCAUCGUGGAGACCAGUACUUAGGCAGACGGACAGGUGGGGCUCCUCGGGGAGUUCAGCAGGAUGACUGUGCCAUCUGCCCUUGACGUGUAAGAU